AUGAUCAACCCGAAAAGGCUCAUCGCAAUGGCAAAGAAGUGGCAGAGAAUUGCUGCUAACAAGCGCAAGAGGAUUUCAUAUCCAAAAGCUGAAUCUUCAGUGGCUAAUAAAGAAGGUCAUUUUGUUGUUUACACCACUGACAACAAACGGUUUGUCGUUCCCUUGGAAUAUCUCAGCCAAAACGUCUUCAGAGAGCUCUUGAGAAUGUCUGAGGAGGAGUUUGGAUUGCCUGGCAAUGGACCUAUCACGCUGCCCUGUGAAAGUGCUUUCAUGGAGUACGUCGUUUCUUUGGUUCAAUGGCAGAUGCCUGUAGAUCUAGAGAAGGCUUUGCUCACUUCUAUGGCAACAUGUCACAGCUCCUCAUCAUAUUCUCUUACUCUAAGACAGGGCCAACAGCAAACACUUAUUUAUGGGUUUUGA